UUCCUCCGCCCGACGCUCCUCCUUGUUCCCUGUUUCUGCACGCGCUCAGUUCCCAUGGCAGCCGCACCCUUCCUCUGCUCGGCUGCUUGCAGUGACCUCUCCACCGCCCUAGAUUUCUCUAUCUCCCUCACGGCGCCCUCCCUGGCGCUCGCCCUGGGUGCUAUCGUCUAGCUCGAACCCGCCCCCAGCCGCGCCUCUCUUUGUCAAGCUUCCUGACGCACGAUUUUCUCUGCCCCUGCCCAGCAUUUUUCUCCUGAUGGUCGAGCUCCCUCAAGCUUCUUAGUUCGUCCGCCCGCGAACGCCCAUGGCGCGAUCGCCUCUCUGUGCACACGCCGUCGCCCUGAUUUCCUGCUCCCUGGCUCCAACUCAAGUUCGCAUGACCGCGCGUGCCCCUGCGCCGCACCCUGAAGCCCCCUGCUCGGCGCCCGAGACCCCUCCCAUGGAUGCUCCCAGCCGAGCGGCUCCCAUGGCGCCCGAUCCCAACGCCGCUCCUUUCCCCCAACGCAUCUUCUUCCCUAGCGCGCCGUCCCUGCUUGCCCUCUGCUCCACCGAGCUUCUGCGUGUUCCAUCUCCAGCUUGCUCCCCUGCGCCCUCCUGCUGCUCGCGUCCAGAUUUUUCCUCGCCUUUGGUGCUCGUCUAGCCCAGCCGCCCCUCCUCUCUCCUCCCCAUCUUCUCCCAUGGGCGCUGCGAGCUUUGGCUCGAGCUCGCCUCUGCUCUUGUGCUCGGAUUUUGCUAGGCCCGCGCAGCUUCCUGGCGCGCGCCCGGAUCCUCUCCUCCCUCCACUUGGUCUUGGUUCCAGUCACCGCGCCCCUCUACUGCGUGCGCUGCUUGCUCCCCUGCUGGCAGCCGAGUCCCUCGCACUGGCCGUGCUCCAGCUCCAUCUCGCUGCGCGCCCUGCUCCCUGUUGUCGUGAGCUCCGGCCCGGAUUUCGCCUUGUCGCCCAACUCAGCUCUGCCCUCUACUCUAGCUUGCCGUCGCCUCUUCGUGCUGGCCGACUAGUCUGCCGUGGUCGCGCGCAGUUCCCUACUCGGCCAGGAUGGUCGCGCCGUCGAUCCCGCUUGAGCCCCUUCGUGUUCGUCGAAGCUCCCUGGCUCGACUCUACUCAGUUCGCGUCCUGCUCGCCUUUGCGUCGCGCGCGUAGCGUUCUGUUGUUGCUGCGCGUGCUGCUGCGAAGCUUCCUGUUCAGUUCUCCUCCAUCGCGUUGUUGUGCGCGCGAAGUUCUCUACUCGCAACGGCAUGUCGAGUUUCCGCGUCGAGCUCUUCUCUUGCGUGCCGGUCGUAGUUUCUGAACCGAUUCUUGGCUGUCGCAGUAUUUUUAGUUAUCCGGCUGCGUCGGUUGUUGUCAAGUGUCUGUUGCUGUGAACUCGCCCCUGGUGCCCAUUCUGUCCCCGGUCCGCGCUUCCUUCAGCUCGGCCAGGCGGGGCAUCAUUCCGUGUUGUGCUCGCACAGUUUCCUGCUUGCCAGCGCGUCCCCUCGCCUCGUUUGGCCUUAAUUCUCAUUGCAUCGUCGAUUUUGCCGGUUAGCGUCAUUCGCCGUCGCGUCGCGUGUGUAGCUCUAUAUACGUCACCCUCCUGUGCUGUCGUCGUUCUGCGCGUCAUCAAGAAAUCCCAAGCGUCGGGUGAAGACGAAGCCAGCAGCGUGGAGUUCACCAAGUGCGCGACAAAAAGCUCGAACAUCUUGCGCGACUCAAGUUCGAUUCAUCAAAAUUAUUCAGUCGAGGAAAAGAUCUUCAACAAUUGAUUACCGAAGAAAAGAAGGCCCCUAGAUGAUGUUAACUGGAACCCGUAGUCGUGCUUCCGAUUAUCUCGUCAAAUUAGUCAGGGUAAGUUUAUUCGUAUUCUAGUCAACUAGGUCUAUAAAUAGGUUAAAUAGAAUUGUUGAUCUCAAUAAAUGUUAUUAAUUUAGCAUGCGUAUGUUGUGAUGAUCGAUAAAUCGGUAAAACAAGUAAUUAAGAUACAGUUUAAAGAGUUAGUAAAAAGCUAAGAAUAAAAAUAGAUGUUCUAGUGUUAUUAUGUCAAUUUGGUUAAUGGAUGUAGUCGAUGCCCUGUUGUGAUAUUCAUGAUGCUUAAUGCUUGUUAAUUGAUUUUAUUGCUUGAUUUUAAGUGUUUCAUCCUUUUUAGUGUAGAUUAUCUAUAUUAUACUCGUUAUACUCGUGCUCAUAUAUGUGCAUCAUGCAUCUCAUGAGGUACGAUAAAUAAUCGCGUGAAGCAGAAGAUGAGUCAAUUCGACCCCAAGCGCGGACUAAUUUGCAAGCUGAUGCUGGUGGAUUAACCUGAAGAUGGAUAAUUAGAGCAAUGCGAAGACAAAGGAUGGUCGUCAAGUGGACGCCACCUAACAACACUAAC